UUUUUAUGAGAUUACCCAACACUAACAACUUUUCGCAUUGGUUUGAUAUUUUUGAUUUAAAUGAGUGCAUUUAUGCAAAAAGAAGUGCAAAUAAGGUAAGGGAAAAAUAUGUCGACGAAGCCAGAAGCCAUGGAUUGUGCGGACGUCACGGAAAUCGCAAAUGAGGAUGGCCAAGGAACGGAAACAUCACUCAUAGCGGAGAAAGAUGCCGGCUCGCCGAGUGUUGUCGAAAAAAUUGAUGCUGAGCCCACUGUGCUGGAAGAAAAGGGGAAACCCACUAUUGAAGACGAUGUGGAGAUGGCGGACCUAACGUCUGAAGAACCAUCUCUGAUGCAUGCAGACAAUAAUCCUGCCCAUGCAGUUUCCGACAAAUCCAAGGGAGACCUUGCCUGUGGUUCGCCGGCUGAGGUCGAAACUAGUAAAGUAGAGGAAGUUGGCCCUGUCGAGAUCGAUUCAGACAGCAGCGUCGAGGUAAUAGAUAGUCCAGUCAAGUCCCCUCCCUCCAAUAAAUCUGGGGAGGAGCACAAACAAGCCGCAGAAGAAUCGCCGCCGAAGGGUCUCGUUACCGAUGCUAAGGAGGGAAAAAACGAUGAGGGCGACAUGCCAGACAGUAGUAUUGAACUUAUCAGCAGUCCCACCUCAGAAGAUUCUGCUGGCAGAGAUCAACCAAAAGAAGUCAAGAAGCAGGAGGAGGAGAAGGCGGCUUCUGCAGAAAUAUCCAUGGACAUGGAUCACGGCACACCGAGGGAAAGCGAAAUGGACGGGGCACCUAAGCCUGCUGAGACUGAUGAAGCCCUAGCUCCCGAAAACAACAAAAUUGGGCUUGAGGUCGACCUCGAAAAUAAGGCAAUACCACAAUCACUUGACUUGGAACAAACUAACCUCACGUGGAACGGCGAUAUAUUUUAUGGCAAAGAUUGCGUCAAUUGCAACUGCAAGCGGCUCCACAAGCAGUUCGUGCUGGCCAAUAUGGCCACCUUGAACUUUUACAAAGUUACCAGGAAGGUUUCCAAGCAGCAGUUCGUCUGCACUGGAUGCGGCGAUGCAGCCAUGGAGAUGUAUGAGCAAUACGCUGGUCAGCUGAUGGCCAAGCAACCUUUAUUGCUGCAGGAGUUCCAUCAAGAUCAAGCCGAGUUUGUGGCUCUGGAUAGUAGCGAUGAGGAGGAGGAGGAGAAGCAAGUAGAGGAAAAGCCAGAGUUUUCCACAAACGAUCUGAACCUGAUUGAAAAUGAAUUGGAGGACGCCAUUGCAAGUGUGCUCAACCGGGUGGGGUUCCAGGACCAGCUUAGCUGGUCCAAGUCCAUCCUACUGGCCAGGGCGGAGCGCUUGGAGCGCCAGUUUGAAUUGGCCGACAAGGAACUGGAGGCGGUACAGAGCACCGCCGAUAAAAUGCACUGGGCCCUUUACAAUUCCUGCACGGUGGUGCACAAGCACUUGCCGGCCCUGGAUCUUCAACACAACAUAGGCGACUAUAUGCAAGUCCCUCCAGCAGGGGAAAUCGAGCGACCGCCUAUCCAGAUUGGGGAGACUUACUACGCCGUUAAGAAUAAGGCUAUAGCCAGCUGGGUGUCCAUAAAGGUGAUCGAGUUCACGGAGAGCACGGCCAUCGGUGGGAACACGAUGAAGAGCUACAAGAUCAAGUAUCUGAAUACCCCAUACCAGAUGGUAAAGACAGUGACGGCCAAGCACAUAGCUUACUUUGAGCCGCCGCCAGUGCGCCUUACAAUUGGCACCCGAGUGAUCGCUUACUUUGACGGCUCUACUCUGAGCCGAGGAAAGGACAAAGGCGUUGUGCAAAGCGCGUUCUAUCCGGGAAUUAUUGCCGAGCCGCUGAAGCAGGCAAAUCGGUUCAGAUACCUUAUAUUCUACGAUGAUGGAUACACGCAGUAUGUGCAGCAUCGGGAUGUUCGUCUGGUGUGCCAGGCCUCGGAAAAGGUUUGGGAGGAUGUGCACCCCGCGUCUCGCGACUUUAUCCAGAAGUACGUGGAAAAGUAUUCGGUUGACAGGCCCAUGGUGCAGUGUACCCGCGGCCAGAGCAUGAACACCGAGUCGAACGGCACCUGGCUUUACGCGCGCGUCAUUGACAUUGACUGUAGCCUGGUCCUGAUGCACUUUGAGGCGGACAAAAACCACACCGAGUGGAUUUACAGAGGCUCCUUGAGACUCGGUCCGGUAUUUAAGGAAACUCAGAAUGCCAUGAGCAGUGCCAACGCGCACCACGCGCGAGUACCAAGGCGCACAGAACCUUUCAUUCGCUACACCAAGGAGAUGGAGUCGAGCAACAUGCAGGUGAACCAACAAAUGCGGGCCAUGGCCCGCAAAAGCAGCUCCGUCGCGCAAGGCGCAGUUACCUCAGCAGCGUCAUCAUCUUCGGCCAAUACUUCGGCUGCCGGCCGCAGUGGCGGAGGAAAUGCUAGCCGCGGGCCCGUCAAGCAUUUAAACAAUUCGACCAUAUACGUCGACGACGAGAACCGCCCCAAGGGCCAUGUUGUUUAUUUUACGGCCAAACGCAACCUGCCGCCUAAGGUGUAUCGCCACCACGAGUGCAACCCGAACUGUUUGUUCAAGAUCGUCCACCGUCUCGACAGUUACAGCCCACUUGCUAAACCCCUGCUGUCCGGCUGGGAGCGCCUGGUGCUGCGCCAAAAGACUAAAAAGAACGUUGUGUACAGGGGACCCUGCGGCAAAAGUCUGCGCAACUUGGCGGAGGUACACACCUACCUUCGAGCCACCGAAAAUGUCCUGAAUGUGGAUAACUUUGACUUCACGCCGGAUUUGAGGUGUUUGGCUGAAUACUCAAUCGAUCCCACGAUUGUCAAAGAGGCGGACAUAUCUAAGGGCCAGGAGAAAAUGGCCAUCCCGUUGGUCAACUACUACGACAACUCCCUGCCUCCUCCAUGUACCUACGCCAAGCAGAGAAUCCCCACCGAGGGAGUGCACUUGAAUCUUGAUGAGGAAUUCCUUGUCGGUUGCGAUUGCGAUGACGACUGCUCGGACAAGUCCAAGUGCUCCUGCUGGCAACUGACUGUGGCUGGUGUCAAGUACUGCAACCCCAAAAAGCCCAUCGAAGAGAUCGGAUACCAGUAUAAGCGGUUGCACGAGCAUGUGCCCACUGGCAUUUAUGAGUGCAACUCACGCUGUAAAUGCAAAAAGAACUGCCUCAACCGAGUAGUGCAACACUCGCUGGAGAUGAAAUUGCAGGUUUUUAAGACCUCUAAUCGAGGCUGGGGGCUGCGAUGCGUUAACGACAUCCCCAAAGGCGCCUUUAUAUGCAUCUACGCUGGCCACCUGCUCACAGAAACGAUGGCCAAUGAGGGUGGCCAAGAUGCUGGUGACGAAUACUUCGCCGAUUUGGACUACAUCGAAGUGGCCGAACAACUAAAAGAGGGCUACGAGUCGGAGGUUGAGCAAUCCGAGCCUGAACCAGAGGAAGAUUCUUAUCUGCCGGAAGCCGAAGACGACGAUGAUUUCCGACCAAACAACUACUAUCAGAAGAAGAACAAGUUGCGCCCCACACGCAGUAAUAGCGCCUCAGCCCAAUCCACAGAAGUAGACUCGCAGGAGCGAGCGGUUAUCAACUUCAACCCGAACGCUGAUCUGGACGAGACAGUGCGAGAGAACUCUGUACGGCGGCUGUUUGGCAAGGAUGAGGCGCCAUACAUUAUGGAUGCUAAAACAACCGGAAACCUGGGGCGCUACUUUAACCACUCGUGCAACCCUAAUCUUUUCGUUCAAAACGUCUUCGUUGACACCCACGACCUGCGUUUUCCUUGGGUGGCAUUUUUUUCGGCCUCCCACAUACGCUCCGGCACAGAACUGACCUGGAACUACAACUACGAAGUGGGCGUGGUGCCCGGCAAGGUGUUAUACUGCCAGUGUGGAGCCCCUAACUGCCGCAUACGCUUGCUUUAAGUUUGUUUUAUAAGCUUACCUCAAACGAAAAAUAUUUCAACUAGCUGUUCCUUCCCAAUUAAUUAAUAAUUAAGUUAUGAAUAUUUUUCCAUAAUAAAAACUGAAUUUACUGGAAAA